ACUGUUCUUCUGUCUUCUUAAUCCCUCUUAAUCGCCUCUUUUCUCCGAUAAUCCCAUUGCGAAACUAAGCUUAUCGCAAACUUUGCCCUAUAGACUCGGCCUGAGUCACACUAUACUAUAUACUCACCACCAAAAUGACAGCGGGGGAUAUACCUGCUCUGUCUGUUCGUACAGAACACAAUGGCAAACUCAUCCAAACGCCACAUCAUACUCCCCCAGUCACUCCAACGAUCGACGACAAUGGCUCCGAAGUCAGUGCGAUCACUGCGCCAUUCAGUCGCUCGAGUUCGUUCGUAUCUGUUCCCGAAGAAAAACCAAAAGACUUUGUCUUGAGGAACCGGGACAUUUCAAGUCCCCGUGGGUUUUCGGAUGAUUUGGAGUUUCGCCACGACGAGAGAGGUCGUCUGGUCGAGUUUGGUCGCGGCGUUUGGAGUAUCGUCUACAUGGCUUCGUCUUGCGCUUCGUCGCAGUCGCAGUCGCAUAUGAUCACUCCUCCUAGCUCGCCAGCAUCAUCACCAGAGAGUCGCGUGGUGGCCGUCAAGUCGCCGGUGAGACGUGAUGCGCAUCCUGUUCUCGAGGCCGAGGCAAUGACUCUCACUCGAUUGAGCUGUACCCCGGGUUCAGAGAACCACGUCGUGCCUUUCCACGGCUACAUUUCCAGCUCGCAUUCGAUCGUCAUGUCGGCUGUCCCGCUGUCCCUCUCCACCUACAUCGAGGACAAAGCCGCCAUCGCGCAAAAGGAAAAAUCCACUCGCACCAUGUUCGAUCCCGUCCAAGGCAUGGGCCCAUGGCAGGAUCUCGCCAAAAAGCUCGUCACCGGACUUUCCUGGCUACACAACGGCCCGCACAUCGUGCAUGGUGACAUCAAACCGCAUAACCUCCUCCUUCAGCCCCGGUCCAGCGUCAACCCAGACCACCCGGACGAGUUUCCAUUCGAGCCGCUCUUCGCUGACUUUUCCUCCGCCCACGACCUCACCACCACCACCUCCUCCUCGCCGGCCAAAAAGGCCGGAAACUCAAUGACCGCGUUGACGCCCCCCUUCGCCGCCCCAGAACUCCUCUCACUGUCGUCUCUCACUUCCCCCGACGUGGCUCCCACCCCGGCGUCAGACGUUUUCUCUCUCGCUGUCACGCUUCUCGCGGCUGCCACGGGUGAUCUGCUCCUCUACCCGGGUGCGAGUAAUAUGCAGCGACUCGCAAUGGCGCGCGAAGGCCACCGCGUGAUUGAAUUCGCGCAGUCCGGCAUGACGGGCUGUCGGGUCCCACGCAAUGGAACCGUUGAGCGGGUUGUCAAACCGGCGGUUUGUAAGGUGCCUGAUCAGCGGAUGAGUUCUGCGGAGUGGUUGGGGUUGGUGGAGAGUUUGGCUUGAUUUGAUUUGCAUUUUUUGCAUAUGCAUUAAACUUGCAUCUUGCAUAUACAUUCUCUUUUCUUAGAUGGUUGUUUUAUUACUUGACUUGAUUUGUUUUUUUACAAUCCUCACUAAUACUUUAUAACGAUACCCUGAAGAUUGCAUGAUUCUGUUCUUUCUUUUACGCAUUGCAUGUUAUAUCUAUCUAUCUAUUAUUUACUCGAUAC